UUUUUCUAUUCAAAACCUUCAUCUUUGGGAUCGUCUCUUCCCUCUUCAUCCAUCGGCACAAUUCCAAAAAGCAUCCAUCCCUGUCCUCAUAUCGAAGUUCCUAUAGACAGCAAUUACUUUAAGGAAAUAUGGCAACAAUUAGAAAUCUGAAAAUCAAGACAGCUGCAUGCAAACGCAUUGUCAAGGAGCUACACUCCUAUGAGAAAGAGGUUGAGAGGGAGGCGGCCAAGACAGCUGCCAUGAAGGAGAAGGGUGCUGAUCCUUAUGAUCUUAAACAACAGGAAAAUGUGCUGGCUGAAUCAAGGAUGAUGAUUCCUGAUUGUCACAAACGCCUCGAGUCUUCAUUGGCUGACCUAAAAGGGAUAUUGUCUGAGUUGGCGGAAGCGAACCAAAAGGAAGGACCUGAAGUCACUGAUGCUGAAAACACCGUUGCUGAUAUUGAGAAGUUAUUCCAAACAAAAGAAGGUUAGUAUGGCGGAUGAUAGCCAUCAUGAUAUAAUAGCGUGUAGUGAAUGCUUUGCAAAAUCUACAACGCUUGGCAUCUCUUUUGUGUUUAUUUAGGUGAUGGUUAUGAACAUCUUUUACUUAUUUGCUGUGUUGAGAAUUUCUUAUGUUGAAAGUUGGCAUAUCAAGGGAUUGUAUGGUUGGUUUUCCAUUAAGUCUUGUAUUGGAUAAAGAUGUUUGUUUGGAUUAUUUUGUCUAUAUAGAUUGGGAAGGUUUUGAAA